AUGGAAAUAGCAGCUCUCUACGUAGCCGCUUUCCUGCUGGGGUCCGUUCCUACAGCUUACAUAAUUGGCAGACUGGCCAAGGGAAUCGACAUCCGCCGGUAUGGAAGCGGAAACGUUGGUGGCGGAAACGUCAUCCAGCAUGUGGGCAAGAAGUGGUUUGUUCCCCAGAUGCUAUCAGAUGCGCUGGUCAAGGGUGCCGGAUCAAUCUGGUUUUCGGUCUAUGUUGUGGGAGUUGACUGGAAUUCUGCCUUGCUGAUUGGCCCGCCGCUUCUGGUCCUGACUGGAAACAACUGGUCCCCAUUCCUGAAGCUACAGGGUGGGCGGGGCCUUGGUGUUGCCGCCGGCACAUUGGUGGCCUUUUCUCCGGCCAUUCUCGGGGUGGUGCUGGUAAUUUACUUUGGGGGCUACCUGCUGACCAAGGAGGCGGGUGUCUGGGCGCUGCUUGCGUUGCUUGCGUUGCCCCUGAUGGCUUUUUUCUUUCCCCUAGAGCUUAAAAUGAUGGACGGUUCCAACCUGACAUGGUUCUGCCUGGGAGUACUGGGGCUGGUGAUGGUUAAGCGACUCACUUCGAACUGGACCCCUUUCCCCGGCAACCUGUCUCGUAAACGGGUUUUGUUCAACCGACUGUCUCGAGACCGUGACGUGGACGAUCGCGAGCAAUGGGUCGAACGAAUUCCCGGGGCUAUCGGCUGA